CUCUCCUGGCUGCGUUUGGUUGGGUCUCUCCGCUACCCUUUCUCUCGGCGGUGGGUCGGAGCCGCUGUCCCUGGCCUCGCAUGUUUCCCUCUGGAUUCCUGUUUUCAGUUUGAUGCCCCUCUGGUAGAUUUGCUCAUUUAAACGCCUCUGAAAGGCCACUCCCGGGCGUGCGUGAACACAGCGGUGUUUUAUUUGCCCUUGUUGUAUUUCUCAUCUUAAGGCUUAAAUCCAAACAUGUCUGUGGUUAGCGGAUCGUCUGGGCCGGUUGCCCGGCUCGAGGGCCGUGAAUUCGAAUACAUGAUGAAAAAGCGCUCGGUAACCAUCGGUCGGAACUCCUCCCAGGGCUCCGUGGACGUGAGCAUGGGCCACUCCAGCUUCAUCUCACGGAGGCACCUGGAGAUAUUCACCACCAGCGACGACGGCACCGGCAGCGGAGACUUCUAUCUGAGGUGUCUCGGUAAAAAUGGGGUGUUUGUGGACGGAGUGUUCCUGAGACGGGGCGCCCCUCCUCUGCAGCUACCGCGAAUGUGCACCUUCAGGUUUCCCAGCACCAAUAUUAAGAUAUCCUUCACGGCCCUGUCCAGUGGGAAGAAAGUGAAGCGUGAGGCGCCAGAGUCUCCAGUGAAACCAGUUCAGCCCCAGAUCUCCCCUCUAACCAUCAACAUUCCAGACAACAUUGCUCACCUAAUGAGCCCCCUGCCGUCGCCCACCGGCACCAUCAGCGCUGCUAAUUCCUGCCCCUCCAGCCCGCGGGGUGCUGGAUCUUCAGGCUACAGGAUGGGAGGUCGUAUGGUCAGCUCUGCAGAGCUGCAGCUCAUAAACGACAACUCCCAGCCUGAGAACGACAAAGAGGCCUCUGGAGGGGACAGUCCCAAGGAUGACUCCAAGCCUCCGUACUCCUAUGCACAGCUGAUUGUCCAGGCCAUCACGUUGGCCCAGGACAAGCAGCUCACACUAAAUGGAAUCUACAAUCAUAUAACGAAGAACUACCCGUACUACAGGACCGCAGACAAGGGCUGGCAGAACUCGAUCCGUCACAACCUCUCUCUGAACCGUUAUUUCAUCAAAGUGGCGAGGUCGCAGGAAGAACCUGGUAAAGGUUCGUUCUGGAGGAUAGACCCGUCUUCAGAAGCCAAGCUGAUCGAGCAGGCCUUCAGGAAACGAAGGCCUCGGGGAGUUCCCUGCUUCAGGACCCCACAUGGACCGCUCUCCUCCAGGAGCGCCCCAGCUUCUCCCAACCACUCUGGGGUUCUGUCCGCUCACUCCAGCGGUGUCCAGACCCCAGACAGUCUGUCUCGAGAGGGCUCCCCCGUCCCGGUAGAACCGGAAACUUCUUCUGCUCCUGCACCAGUGACCACCACCACAGUGCAGCCCAAACUGGCUGUGAUCCAGGAAGCACGCUUUGCACAAAACACACCAGGCUCGCCUGUUAGCAACCAGCCGGUACUCAUAGCAGUCCAGCGCCAGUUACCUCAAACCAUCAAGCCCGUGACUUACACCAUGGCCUCCCCUGUGAGCACCAGCAGCUCCCAGCCUGCGGUCCAGACCGUCCAUGUCCUGCAGCAGAUCCCAGCUGGAUCCCUCAGCAUCGCUCAGCCAGCCACCAUCAUUAAGAGUGAACCGCAGGAAAACGGCGAGCACACAGAAGUCAAAGUUAAAAUUGAGACGGUUCCCACCAUCGGCUCGGUUAGUGCCACCGGCCGCAUCAUCCAGAGCUCCCAGUCCGCUACACCCCUGCAAACUGUUACCAUUGUGCAGCAGGCUCCCAUAGGUCAGCACCAGCUGCCCAUUAAGACCAUUACACAGAACGGAACCCACAGCAUCACCACUGCCCUCCAGGCACCUGUCGGCUCAGCUCCAGUUGUGGCAAGCCCUCUCCACCUGCUGGCAGCCCACGCCUCAGCUUCCGCCUCCCUCCCCACCAAGAGGCAGAACAGCGACCAGCUGGUGAACGAACAGCCGGAUGCUAAACGUGUGAAGUCUGAGGAUGAGACGGGUCCAGCAGCAGAGACGGACUCGCCGGCAGCCAACGACUAACCAAACUAAUCCACUAGACCACUCAAGCCCCACCACCACCACCAUCUCCUCCCUCACACCUCCUCUCUCGUCCUGUCGUCUGUUUCUUUCUCCCACCGCUCACUACUGAGGUGCCAAGCAGAGAAGAUUCUUUUCCGUCUCCGUUGGUUCGUCCGCUAAACAACCCUGAAGAAUCCACCCCUUUAAAAACUGGAACAUGGGUCGAGAACAAAACAGAAAUGGGACAAAAAUGUGACCUGAAGGUGUCCCCUGUGAGCCGCUGAGACAUGACAUUGACUAAAGAAAGACCACAGGAAGCCUUAACAAAUAAAGCCGACCUUUGACCUCAAGUGAUCUGACCGGGAGAGACCCUGACCCGGCUCGGGCUGCAUGCCACCUUUCUGUCGCAUCUACCUCAGAGCAGAUUGGAGACUCUGGCAGCCAGCAGAACAUACUUCCCCCAACCCGUUAGAGUCCGAACGACGUGACCAGCGAGUUUAACGAGCAUUCAGUGGUUCAGUUGUUGUGUUUUUAUUUUGUUUUUUGUUUUUGCUUUUUGUUUCAUAUAACAAUAAGAGAAUCUUAAAGGGAUUAUCUCGGAGCCAAGAUUUUUAAAGUUCUGGCAGCUAGCCUCUCAUGAAACUGACCUUCCUUAAUUGCAGCUGUGCGUAGAUAUGCAGUAUUUUGUUGUUGAAGAUGUGGAUCAUAGGAUUUUUUUUAUGUAUUUACACUUAUCUAGAGAGUAAUAAAUUAAUAAAGGAAGCAUUCUCAGUGGUGAGGUUGGUGACAUUUCGGUAACUAAGUUAGAAACUUUUUCCUGUGAACUUUUGUUUUCUGUUCCGUGAACCAGUGGAAUAGUUUUGGCUAAACUCCCCCUACCCUAUUCUGACAUAUCCAUAUCAAAUUGCAUUGUUAUACUUUCAUAUUUUAAUACUUGCACAGAUAUAAGCAAAUCUCCAUGUGUAGUUCCAGAUGUUGCAUGUAUCCGACAGAAAAGUCUUCAACUGUAAAUUGAACGGAGGAACAAAAGAGACCCGCUUUGUCCAAAACCAGACCUGCACUUGACGAAAUGUUUGCGUUUCCUUCCUCCUGCUUUUCUUCUUUUUGUUUCCCGUUCCACCUUCCUCGUACUCCUAAAUGUCCCUGCAGGCUGUGUUGAUGUUGUGGUGUUGGCAGAACCCCCCACCCUCACCCCCCUCUCACAUAAAACCCAUUUGCGUGAUUAUUUUGGCCCAGUUCUGGCGACCCGGCAAGUCUGUUUUCUGAUUGUACACGUUCCAAACAAUAGUAAGAAAAAAAUUGAUGUUUGUUCUGCUUCAGUGGAGAAAUGCUUUUUUUUUUAAAUAAAUUAAUUUAAAGUGUUAA